GCGUCUGGCUUUCCCGAGGGAAAUGAGUGGUUUUCCAGGGGAAACGGGAAAAUUCAGGUGUUCCUGACGGAACGAUCUCCAGCUGUGGCGGAAGGGGAGAAGCCGAGGCGGCUCCUCCGGCUGGUGCAGGAGGGACGCCUGGAUCUCCUCCGGGAUGAGCUGCAUCCGGACAAUGCCAUGGACCUGGAAUUGCAGCCCUGGCGCUAUGGGCGCCUGGGGGACACGCUCCUGCACCACGCUGCCCGCUGCGGGCACUGGGAUGUCCUCACCUUCCUGGUGGAGGACCUGGGCAUGGAUAUUGAGGUGGUCAACGGCGACUACAAAAGACCCCUCCAUGAAGCAGCCUCCAUGGGCCAUGAGGAGUGCGUGUCCUUCCUUCUGGAGAGAGGAGCCAGCGUGGACUGCUUGAAGAAGGCAGACUGGACUCCCCUCAUGAUGGCUUGCACCAGGAAGAACCUGGAGGUGAUCAAAGCUCUCGUGGAGCACGGAGCCAACCCGCUGCUGAAGAAUAAGGAUGGCUGGAAUUGCUUCCACAUUGCGAGCCGGGAGGGCCAUCCCCAGGUCCUCAGGUACCUGCUGGAUGUGUCCCCAUGCAGCUGGGACACGGAGAGCACGAUAAAGAGAACACCUCUGCACACAGCAGCAAUGCACGGCUGUUCCGACGUUGUGGAGCUGCUCCUGGUGCGGUGCCACUACAAACCUGACAGCAGGGAUAAAUGUGGAGUCACUCCCUUUAUGGAUGCUGUCCAGAACGGGCACAUCAGCAUUGCCCGGCUGCUCCUGGAAAAACACCAGGCCUGUCCUACAGCCAUGGAUGCGCUAGGUGCUCAAGCUCUGCACAGGGCAGCAGUUACAGCACAGGAUGAAGCUAUCCAGUUUGUUGUCUCUGAGCUGGGUGUUGAUGUCAAUGAGAGAGCGACAGCCCUGCAGCUCACAGCACUGCACUAUGCAGCCAAGGAAGGACACGCACGCACCAUCCAGACACUGCUGUCCCUUGGUGCUGAUGUCCAUGCAAAGGAUGGGAAGAGCCGUACAGCUCUACAUGCAGCCUGUGCUGGGCAGCAGGCGGAUGCCGCACGGAUCCUGCUCCGCGCUGGGCUGCAGGACACCCCGGAUAGCACAGGCAUGCUGGCUCGGCAGCUCGCAAGGAAGCCAGAUGUCAUCCAGGUUUUCCAAGAUGCAGAUGUCAGCACAUGAGAUGUAAUGGGAAAGAGAAGCCUGUUUGAUCUCAGUGUGGGCUGAACUUCACCUCUUCCUGUGCAGCACCCAACACAUCCAAACAGCUAAGGCCCCAGCUCCAUGCAGGAUAACCAAGGAAUGUGCUCAAUGGGCUACUGUUAGAUGACUUCUGGGCACCUGCAUGGUUUGAAUCUCCUGGGAUGUCUCCUAAGCUAGAGUUUACUGGGAGGUAGGCAUACAAUGGACAUCCUGAGGGAGAAGAUGCACCUGAAGCAUUGAUUUUUAUAGCCCUUUAUAGACCUGCUCACCACUAAUCUCUUCAGUUGCUUUGCGUGGCCACCUCUUAUGAUAGCCCCUGAGCGAGGCUGAGCGUGAGCAAUGAGCCCUUGGUGACUCUUCGUCAGGUUUGAGCUGCAGAGGACAAGAGUAGGGAGCCUUCAAGCUUCAUCAGCCUAUUUCCUGUGGAUCCCAGAGGCAUCUGAAGUCAAUAGUAAGACCUCAACCUUACAAUGACAUCAUGGGUUUUUGGAUCAGAGUGGAAAA